UUUUUUUAAUGCAGAAAUUAUUUUUAGCAUGUGUAUAAUAUUUUUAUGGCGGGGUGUUUCACGUUCAAAUUAUAAAUUUAUAUUAGCUGCUAAUAGAGAUGAGUACUUCUCAAGACCUGCAAAACCAGCUUCAUUCUGGGAAGGAAAUGAUUCACACAUUCUGGCAGGUCAAGAUUUGACUGAAGGAUAUGAAGGUGGAACUUGGUUAGGCAUAACACGCUCAGGUCGUGUGUGUUUUUUGACAAAUAUCAGUACAAAUGAAGUCAUUAGUUCUGCUCAGAAGGGUCGUGGACAACUUGUUGCUGACUUUUUAAGAAGUGAAAUUAAUCCAUCGGAUUACUUAUUAGGCUUAGAGAAAAUUAAAAAAACAUUUCGUCCAUUCAAUUUGGUUGCUGGAUUAAUUGAGAGUGAUUUUAUCUAUAUAAGUACUGAAAACAACUUGUGUGCUUUGGAAAAAGGAUAUUUAUGUUUGACCAAUAGUUCGUUAGAUAAACCAUGUUUAAAGGCCUUGAACAGCUUAAAUAAAUUUAAGGAUUUGUUUAAUAGUGAAGAAGAAAUUGAAAACAUUCACGAAAAGUUAUUCACAUUAUUAGCUGAUAAAACUAAAAAUACAGAUCUUUGUCAGGAGUCUUCUGAUGAAUGGAAUUCGUCAAUAUAUAUAGAUCCUACAACUGCUCCUUUCGACAAUGCAAACGUUUUUGGAACAAGAACAAGUACAGUCAUUACAGUGGAUAUCAAUAACCAUGUUGUGUUUCAAGAAAAAACUAAAACAGAUGCUAAUCAGCAACUAAGUGAUUGGUUGUCUAGUACUUAUGAGUAUGACAUUAUAAAAUGACGACUUUUCAUUUGUUUAAGUAUCAUAAUAGCUUUUAUACUUUUUUCUAAUAACUUUUGUUUAUAAUCGUUUUUAAUCUUCAGUAUUAGUAGCUGGUAAAUUGAAAUUAAAUCGGUUUUUGUUUAAUUAGAUAUUUUGCGUAAGGGGUAGUCCAUAAGUUACGCAAGCUAAAUUUUACUAAUAAAAAAACAAAAUAAGAUCAAAAGCUUUUCCUUGCAGAGCCUUAAGUUAAAUAAAAAAUAAAAACAGCACAUUAAAUUUAAUGAAAAUCACCGCGUAAAAGAUCUCCUUAAGAUCUCCUACUUGUAUUUUUAAAUAAAUUUAGAGUUGCGUAAUUUAUGGCCGAUCCCAAUAAAAUACGUAUUUUAUUACGAGUUUAUGCAAAGAAUGUAAAGUUUUCAAAAAGUAUUUUUCUAUUUAAUUAUUCAAAGUAUUGGU